GAAAUUAUCUAUAGCUUGUCUGAAACUCACGUGUAGAUUUAAACACGUUUGUCUGUUUUUUCUUCUGUUUAACGUAUCAAAACAUGUACACUCAGAGCAAAACGUCAUGAUUACGCAAAUAUAGCAGACUACAUGCAGAUCUUUUAGACUACUGAACUCCAAACAGGAGUAGUACUGCCUUGUUUUUACUUCCAAAUCAAACAAAGCCAAAUUGGGUGCAAUUAAAAUGACAGUGAAUGGGUGUGAUGGAAAUAGUACCUCUGAUGUCAGCGCCAGGGAAGAUUUAGAAAUUGUACAGACUGAUUCAAAGUCAGAGAGUGGAAGCAGCAAGGGGGCUGUCCCUGUUACCCUGGGGGUCACACCAGCACAUCGCAUGUACAGGGGGGAGAAAGACGCCAACUAUCGAAGCGGCUUCGGAGUGUACGUGUAUCCGAACAACUUCUUCAGGUACGAGGGAGAGUGGAAGGACGGCAAGAAACAUGGUCAUGGUAAGUUGAUCAUGCGAGAUGGGAGCUACUACGAGGGCAAUUUCCUCAACGGGGAGAUAGUGGGCAGGGGCACUAGGUUCUUCGCCAGUGACGGGAGGAGGUACACGGGGGACUUCUCCUGCGGGGAGUGUCACGGGGAGGGGCAAGUGGAGUACAGUGAUGGGUCCACUUACCACGGACAGUUCGAGAGCAACAAACGCGAGGGUUUUGGUGUGUUGAGUUGUGACAAGGGAACUUACGAGGGACAGUUCCACAGCAACCUUUGUCAUGGUGACGGAACCUACAAUUACAAGAAUGGGGACGUGUUCAGUGGGUACUGGGUGCAGGGGAAGAAGCAGGGACAUGGGAAACUGCAGUUCAGCAACGGCACCACAUACGAAGGACAGUGGAGGUGUGACAAAUACAACGGAGAGGGUGAGUUGCGAGACAGUUCAGGGGCGACAUACAGUGGGUUGUGGUGUUACCAUGUGCCCAGCUGCAACCCAGUCAAACUCAGUAUCUCCAUCCCGCCAGACAGCAGCAACAGCACUCUCAAUGUGUCUACUUCUGAGGAUGGACUGACUGCUAUCUCAGUGGCACAGGGGGAGGCAUUCAGUAUUGAGGUAGUUGUGGUCAGCAGCGAAGACCAGGUCGUCACCCAAGUGGGUGGCCUUCAGAUAGCAGCCAAGGCUCUCUACAAACACAUCCCUGCGCCCCCUGAUUACAAGGAGCCAUUGCUAGAAAUUGUACAGCAGACUGAGCUACCUGUGGAAAACACUCCUGUCUAUGCUGCAGUAUCUCAUCCAAUCACAGACCUACUGGAGUUCAUGAAGGAGGUGGACAGGGCAGUGGGCAGCCACCUCAGUCAGCAGAACCAGAACAGAAAAACCACAGUAGUAAAUGCCACCGACAACAAAACAGUGGAACACAAUAAUGGUCCCAAUCUGGCCUUGCCUCGGGCUUCUAUGUCUGAAUCGGUGCAGAGUUGUAUUGCAGGAAUGGCAGCUGACGCUCUUUUGGGAAACCAAGGGAAAAAUGAGGAUACUCUCAAUCAAGAUUCAAAUAGGAGCACCAACAGAGAUAACUGGACUGCGCCAUCUGCUCAGACGCAACUGAUCACCGAGGGAACUACCCGCUUUCCCGCCCUAGUGAUACCCUGUGCCCCUUUGGGCUACAGACCCCAUGACCUGGAGGACUUCCUGGACCAACAGAGGAGGCACCAGCUACACAGCAAGGGAGGAGGGGGCAGCACUCACCUUUUGGGGGUGGGAACAGGCGGCGGAGUCGCAACAAAGAAACACCACUUCUUUGGGGUCCGGAGACCCACCUCGUCCAUAGUUGGCGAAGAGGAAAGCGAGUCUAGUCUAGACGACAAUGGAAUCAGACACAGUAGUAUGGAGGGGACAUCUAGUCCCCCUCUAGUAGAAGAAAAAACCCAGGAAGAUAAUAGUGGGGAGGGGGAGGCAGAAUGUAAAAGCACAACCCCUUUUGUCCAAAACAGAACAAAAGUUACCGAAUUGAACUAUUCCCGAAUGACCGAGGCGGAGUUGAGGAGAACAGUCUCGUGUGAGAAGAGUGCCAGACCAGGUGAGUAUGUAGUGAAGAUUGAAGAUGUGACCGAACCCCCUUUCCUCGGAAGGAGACUGGAGCCAGCCUACCUCCUCAUCAAUGUCCUCGCCAAAACUCCUACACUUCCUUGAAACGUCCAUUUUCUAAACUGAUGCAUUUUGGCAGAGCUUUCAGCCAAAAACAAAUCUAACAUGGAGGUAUAAUCUCUCCUAUACAAUUGAUUUCAGAAGUUAAAGAAAACUGACACACAAAAACUAGCAUCCUGAAAUUGUCUAAGUUCAAUAGAAAUCCUAUUUCAGUGCCAAUGACUUCACGUGCUCCUACAUAUUAUAGAUGCACAUCUGCACAUCUAAACAAAAUUUGAACAAAACGCAGGCAUCUGAAAAUUGUGUUAAUUUUCAUUCAAAGGAAGUUUGAGCAGAAAUUGUAUCUACUUGAAGAUUAUAAGGUUGAUGCUGAUAAUGAUAUACUUUUUGUAGAAUUGGUGAUUCUACUGUAUUACAUGCUAUAGAAACCUGAGUGUAAAAUUGAUAAUUUUAUGAUGAAAAUGGUUGAAAAUUGUGAAAUUUG